AUGAAAACAUCUUCAGAAAAAAGCAAAAAUGAGUUGAUCAACUUUGUUAAAGACAUAUAUAAGGAUAAUGACGAACAGCUACGUGUCAUCUGCGAAUUUGAGCGUGAAUAUGUACCACAGAAUGCAAUUUGGUGGUAUACUCGUGAAACAUGUUUUUAUCGUCUUCUAAACAAAGCUUUACGAUCACAUGACUUUGGGCUCCUCUUACAAUUUCGUUUCUUUAUUACGGACCUUCACAAGCAAUUAACCUUUGAAUAUCAAAACUUUCUUCAAAGUCUACCAAGUGAUAGUGAUCCUAUUUUACGUGUCUAUCGUGGACAAGCGAUAUCUGCAGAUGAACUAAGUACGAUACGUGCAAGUGUUGGUGAAUUUAUUUCAAUGAAUAGUUUCCUAUCCACCACGACGGAUGAAGCUACAGCCUUGGGUUUUGCCAAACAAGUGGCAAUCGAUAAUGACACACAACGUAUUUUAUUUUAUUUUGACAUUGAUACACGAUUAAGCAGUUCGAAGCCAUUUGCUAACAUUCGACAUCUCAGUUAUUUUCAAGAAGAAGAUGAAACAUUAAUGAUGUUAGGAUGUAUCUUUCAAAUUAAAGAUGUAAAGUUUAAUGAAACACAGAAUAUGUGGAUGGCAAAAUUGGUAUUAUGUUCUGAUGAUGACUACGCAUUGAAAGAUAUUUUUGCAUAUGAAAAGAAGUUAUUAGGUAACCAGCCCAGUCUUAUUGAUUUGGGAAGAAUGCUAGGAGAUAUGGGCGAAUAUGAAAAGGCCUCAUCUAUUUUAACCCAAGCACUUAUUGAGUCAGGGAAUGAUUUUGAAGCAAACAGUUGUUAUUUGAUGCUCGGAGCAGUAGCUCGAUUGCAAGGUGAUUAUGACACAUCGCUAACAAAUUAUUUAAAACACCUUGAACUUCAGCUAAAAAUUGAAUCAUUUGAUGAUCCAUACACGGCACAAGCCUAUUCGGAAAUAGCGGAUCUUCAUUGGCGAAGAAAAGAAUUUGAUUUGUCAUUGGAAUAUUCACAAAAAGCGCUUGAUAUUCUACCCGCUCGCCAUGAGUUUUGUGCCAAUGUUUAUCGUACCAUGGGCAAUGUGUGCAGAGAUACAACUAAAUUAGAUGCAGCUUUAGGUUAUUAUAAGAAGGCACUUGUCAUACAAAAACGAACACUGCCAAAAGAUCAUAAUCAUAUCGGAAGAACUUAUAAUCAAAUGGGUGCUCUCUACGAACUCCAACGUGAUUAUCCAGUGGCACAUCAGUGUUACAAUGAAGCACUUCGAAUCUUAAGAAAGACCCUACCACCUACACAUGAGGAAAUAAUACGAGCGGAAAAUGAUAUUCGGCACGUGGAAGCUAAGAUGAAGUGA